AAGGGUAGAGAGAGAGAGAGAGAGAGAGAGAGAGAGAGAGAGAUGUUGGAAGGGAAAGCACUGGUAGAGGAUACAGACAUGCCAAUCAAGAUGCAGAUCCAAGCCAUGGCUUAUGCUUCUCAAGCUCUAGAUCUCUUUGAUGUUCUUGACUGCAAAUCCAUUGCUGCCCACAUCAAAAAGGAGUUUGACAAGAAAUAUGGGAAUGGAUGGCAAUGUGUGGUGGGAUCAAACUUUGGAUGUUUCUUCACUCACACCAAAGGAACUUUUAUCUACUUCACACUGGAGACACUCAAUUUCCUCAUCUUCAAAGGGGCUUCAUCUCUAUCUUCAUAAUCAUAAUCAUAAUCAUAAUCUUAGAUCUCUCAAAAUACUGAAAACCCACAAAAUAAAUAGGUAAAAUUUGUGUUCAUAUCUUCUUUCUAUCAACUUGUAUCUAAUAGCUAAUAGUUAGGGAUAUGCAGAGAAAUUUAGUUUUGGCAGCCUGUAAGCUUUUUUACUUGUCUUUUAUUGGGUUUUUAAUGUAGAUUACUACUGCUUGAUGUAUUUUAUUUUCUGCAUCCACAAUUUAAAGAACGUAUAUGUUAUCUAAGAACUAA